AACCCAUUCUGAAGAUUCGAAGUUUUCAGUUAGCCACAAUUUAACCCAAUAGUUACAUUUAUUGACAUAGUUUUCUCACUACCUCUCCAGUGCAAAUCACAUUAAGACCAGACCAGUGUUAAGCUUUUGAAUGACGUCAUACCCCUCUAAGUAGUAGACUACUCUUAAUCGAUUGGGGCAACAGAUGAGCUAAAUUUGAUUAAGAAAGCAUUGUCUGUCCUAUGCCAGUGAGUGCACUGUUCGUUUUUGGGCAUUACUUCCGGACAGAAGGCUCUGAUGUCCUCCAGCUAUAUCUGAGCACCAGUGACCAGUCACUGUGGAGUUUGCUCGCAUCUUAAAGCACUGAAGACAGAAACAGUGCGCUAUCAACGACCACCUGCGCUAUCAACCCGCAAGGCGGUGGCUGUCCAAUCUUACAGUUCGCAAUUCGCAAGCAGCGCUACAAAGGAUCAAAACUCAGCAACCCCGCUGUGCAAUCAUGUCGACUACCGGGGAAGUCCCUGCCUUCUUCAAGAACAUGGGCUCGGGUAGCCCCAUGCCACGGCAGAAAUUCUGUGGCAUGUUCUGUCCAGUUGAAGGUUCUGGCGACAGCAAGACGUUGGAUUUUCAGUCACUGCCCGGGGGCAGUAGAAGGAGUGACGGACAGGUCAUUGACAGGCAGACGGACAUCUCCCAGCCAAGGGUCGAGAUACGGGAGAGCAGAGGAAAAUCAGCCCUGCAAAACCUGGAUGACAGGAGUGAUCGUCUCCUGAUCAAAGGGGCGAAGAUCGUGAACGAUGACCAGUCCUUCUGUGCUGACAUCUACAUGGAGGAUGGCCAGAUCAAACAAAUUGGCGAGAACUUGAUAGUGCCCGGUGGGGUGAAGCUCAUUGAUGCCCAUGGGCGCAUGGUUAUGCCAGGGGGUAUCGAUGUGCACACACGCUUCCAGAUGCCCGACAGGGGCAUGACCUCAGUGGACGACUUCUACCAGGGCACCCGCGCCGCCCUGGCAGGGGGCACCACCAUGAUCAUUGACCAUGUGGUUCCGGAACCCGGGGCCAGCUUGCUGUCAGCCUUUGAGCAGUGGCGUGAGUGGGCGGACAGCAAGUCCUGUUGUGACUACUCCCUGCAUGUGGACAUCACUGAGUGGCACAAGGGAGUCCAGGAGGAGAUGGAGGCCCUCGUCAAGGACCACGGUGUCAACUCUUUCCUUGUCUAUCUGGCUUAUAAGGAUGUUUUCCAGCUUACUGACUCUCAGGUCUAUGAGGUGUUCAGUGUGAUCCGGGAUCUGGGGGCCAUCGCUCAGGUCCAUGCUGAGAACGGAGACAUCGUGGCUGAGGAGCAGCGUCGUAUUCUGGAGCAGGGAAUCACUGGACCUGAGGGACAUGUCUUGAGCCGUCCUGAAGAGGUGGAGGCGGAGGCUGUCAACCGCUCUGUGACAGUAGCCAAUCAGACUAACUGUCCCCUCUACAUCACCAAGGUGAUGAGCAAGAGUGCUGCUGAUGUCAUCGCUCAGGCCAGGAAGAAGGGCACUGUGGUGUACGGGGAGCCAAUCACUGCCAGCCUGGGUACAGACGGCUCACACUAUUGGAGCAAGAACUGGGCCAAGGCAGCCGCCUUCAUCACAUCCCCGCCCCUCAGCCCAGACCCGACCACGCCCGACUAUCUCAGCUCCCUGCUCUCCUGUGGGGACCUGCAGGUGACUGGCAGUGCCCACUGCACCUUCAACACUGCCCAGCGUGCCGUGGGCAAAGACGACUUCACUCUCAUCCCUGAGGGUACCAACGGCACUGAGGAGAGAAUGUCCCUCAUCUGGGACAAGUGUGUGGUGACAGGUAAAAUGGAUGAGAACCAGUUUGUGGCGGUCACCAGCACCAAUGCUGCUAAGAUCUUCAACCUGUACCCCCGUAAGGGCCGCAUCGCUGUGGGCUCUGACGCUGACCUGGUGCUCUGGGACCCAGACGUCAUCAAGAUCAUCUCAGCCAAGAGCCACAACUCGAAUGUGGAGUACAACAUAUUUGAGGGUGUGGAGGUGCGUGGCGCGCCCCUGGUAGUGAUCAGCCAGGGUAAGAUCGUCCUGGAGGAGGGGAACCUCCACACCACCGAGGGGUGCGGCCGCUUCGUGGGCCGGAAGCCCUUCUCUGACUACGUCUACAAGAGGAUAAGGGCUCGCAGCAGGCUGGCUGAGCUGAGGGGUGUUCCCCGAGGUCUCUAUGACGGGCCUGUCUGUGAGGUGUCACUCACACCCAAAACUAUGACUCCUGCCUCUUCUGCCAAGACCUCUCCAGCCAAACAGGCAGCAGCCGGCGCCCAGCCUGUCCGCAACCUGCACCAGUCAGGGUUCAGCCUAUCUGGUGCUCAGGUUGAUGACAACCUUCCUCGACGUAACACCCAGCGCAUCGUGGCGCCACCUGGUGGCAGGGCCAACAUCACCAACCUGGGUUAACCACUCCCAUUGGCCACCAGGGGAAACGAGGGCUUGAGGGGAGGGGCAUCAGGGACUAGGGGCCAUUCCACCAGGAGCCAAACCCUCUAGCUACAGUACCUGACCAAGUCUCCCCUCCUCAAUCUCUCAACCCCUCUCCCGUUCCCUACAUCUCUCCCCCACUCUUUCCCCCCAACCCCCAAACACCCCACCCUAGAGGAGACACCUAUAAAAAUGAUUUGCCUCAUUUGAAGAAGAAAAUAGAAAAAACAACACUCCUUAUAUGACUGUAUUAUUUAGUGUUUUAUACUGUACUUUCUACCUGCCAUGUAUCAUUUAGUUUAGUUUUUUAUUUUCAUGUUAUAAUAGAGGGGUGAAGGGAGACUAGACUGAGCAGUUUUAACACG